GCUUAUAUUUGGUGAAAAGUUCAGGGAUGGCUGGAGCAUUAAUCUUUCAGUGUUGUGAGUUUUUUUUGUGUGGAUCUGGCGUGAAUUUCUGGCUGGUCCCGAAGCUUUUAUUACAUAGAAUUUUCCCAAAUGUUCGCUACUCAAUAUGGAUCAAUGGAAAGCUACAGCUUGUUGUGGAUCCUUAUCAAGUUCUUGAGAGAUUCUUGUUGUUUCAAAAUGCCAAUUUUGCAAUCUCGAGACACAGACGAUUUGAUGUUUUUGUGGAGGCUGAAGCUAAUAAAGCUGCAGGAAAAUAUGAAAAUUCCUCUAUUGAUGAGCAGGUGGAUUUUUAUAAAAAAGAGGGUUUAACACCACAUUCUGUUGCCAAACUUCCAAUUACCAGUGAUGUUCCUGAAGGUUGUGUGCUUAUAAAGGAACAUAUUCCCAUUACAAAUCUGUUUACCUGCCUGUGGUUCAACGAAGUUGGUCGAUUUACAUCCAGGGACCAGUUAAGCUUUGCCAUGGUAAGGGAUAGAAUAAUGGCAAAACUUGAUUGGAGUAUCAAUAUGUUCUUGGAUUGUGAAAGGCACAAUUUCGUCAUACAGUCAUACCAUAGAGAUUCGUUGGAGCCACCAGCUGCUGCUGUGGUUCGACCUCCAGCAGCUUUUCCUAAUACCCACACACGUGGAAAAACUCCUGGGAAGAGGAUUUCUCGACAUGGAAGGUAUAGAACAUCAAGUUCAAGGCGUUGCCUUAGGGCUGUUGUUGGUAACAAAGAAACAAAUUUCUUUUAAAUGCGGUCUGAGCCAAAAAGAUAAGAAGGAUUUUAGCUUCUUUCUUUCAUUUUCUUUAACAAAGUCAAAUUGCUCCUAAUUGUCACCAUGGAAU